GCGGCCGCCCAUGGCCGGGCCCUGCUCGGCGCGGCUGCAGGGCGACGUGUCCGCCUUCACCAGCGCCCUGCGCACCCUGGUCAACAACCCCCAGUUCAGUGAUGUGACAUUUGUGGUGGGCCCGGAGCAGCAGAAGGUGUUUGCUCACCGCUGUGUGCUGGCGUGCCGCUGUCAGGCUUUCUGGGGGAUGCUCACCCAGGUGCCAGUGGGCAGCCAGGACUCCUCCAGCAGUGUCCCAGCCCAGGGUCCCUUCAUCCUGGGCAACGUGCAGCCUGAGGUCUUCCUGGCUGUCAUCGAGUUCCUCUACACCAACAGUGUCACCCUCAACGACCACAUCGCGCUGGAAGUGCUGACCUCAUCGGUGGAAUAUGGCUUGCAGGACCUGUGCAAGCUCUGCGUCAAGUUCAUCAAGGACACUCUGAGCGUGGAGCAGGUCUGCGAGGCUCUGCAGGCUGCGGUGGCCUAUGGGCAGACAGACCUCCAGCAGCACUGCCUGGCCUUCAUCGAGGGCUGCACUGCGGCAGUGGUACGGACACAGGGCUUCCGUGAGCUCUCGGACGUGGUGCUGGCGCGGGUGCUGCGCAGCGACCGCCUGGCCGUGGAUGAGCUGGACCUGGUGCAGGCUGUGCGGGAGUGGGCACACGUCAGCUCGGCUGUCCUGGAGCGGCCGGUGCCUGAGGUGGCUGCUCUGCCCGUGCGGGAGCUGCGCCUGCCCUUGCUGGCACCCAGCGAACUGGUGACACUGGAGAGCCACAACCAGCGGGAUCUGCUCAUUCCGGUGGAGAGCAUCGCGGCGGCCUGGCGUGCCCACGCACUGAGGAAGGGCAGUGGGGUGCCCUCCCGCCUCUGCCGGCCCCGCCGUGGCACACGGCCCCGUGACCAUCACCGGCACCUCGAGCCACACACCAAGUAGGGGUGGGCAACGAGUUUUGUCCAGCCCAGCCAGGGGCUCUGCAGCAGGGCAGGCUGUGGGGCUGGGCACUGAUGCUGCCACGGCCGAGAGCAUCGAUAAGGUGCUUUGUCCUAUGCCACGGGUGUCAGGGCCAGGGCAGGAUGCUGAGGUCACCCCAGAAAGGGAUGCAGGGACUGGGGGCAGGGUAGAGCUGGGCUAUGGGAUGGGUACAAGGGCAGGGCAGGCAGCCCAUACAGUGGCCGAGGGGUGGCAGGGCUGCAGAGGUCCCUGCGGGAUGGGGACCCAGGAUGAGCUCUCCCUUCCCCGGGGCCGUGCUGCCCUCCCCCGGCAACGGGGCCAUGGUGCAGUGGGAGAGCUCCAGCACCUGCCCAGGCAGGGACACGGACCCCUGGGGGUUUGGGAGGGGGACAAGUAGGAGAGGCGGCACGGGCAUCUCUGCACACCACCACAGGCUCCCACCCCCUGGACCCCUCGCAAGCCCUGCCAGCAGGCCACACACACACACACACACACACACACACAUACUGACACAGGCUGCCAGCCCCCCAUCUGCCACACACACUCUUACACACAGUGUGCAACCCCCCUUGCGCCCCACAUUGCAUGUGCAAACACAGCUGGGUCUGUCUCAAGCACGCAAAACCCCACUCCAGCUGUACCCACCAGGAGAAAGGGUCGGACACAGCAGGUAAUUUAUAUAUAAUAUAUAUAUUUACUCUUUAAAAAUAAACCUUCAGUCCCCACUACCGCCUGUACAAACUACAAAAAUAAACCUUUGCUCUCUUUGAUAUAAAUAACUUAGAUGGCGUGUUGGGGGGGGAGGCUGCCCACCGUGCCCACGCCUGGCACGGGGACAGGGUCCCCGAGGCCACCCCUGCUCAGCGGCAGUGUCUGGGGGCUGGGGGGCUGGGGCUGCAGGCACGGCAAACACCGCUGGAGUUAAA